UACACGCACGCACACACGCGCUCACGCGCGCGCGUAGCCCGGGCCCCCCGCGCGCACACGCACGGGAGCGCGCGAGCGAGCAAGACGCGCACACCCGGCGAGCCAAGUUCCGCAGCCUGGCAUGGCUUCUGGGGACCUUUACGAGGUCGAAAGGAUUGUGGACAAGAGGAAGAACAAGAAGGGGAAAUGGGAAUAUCUCAUCCGAUGGAAAGGCUACGGCAGCUCCGAGGACACUUGGGAGCCAGAGCAUCACCUCCUGCACUGCGAGGAGUUUAUUGACGAGUUCAAUGGGCUGCAUGUGUCCAAGGACAAGAAAGUGAAGUCAGGAAAGCAGGCUGCAGCCUCCAAGCUCCUGCGUGACACCCGCAGCCCACCCGUGGAGAGGCUCCCCCACAGGCCCCUGGAGCCCGGGAAAAGCAAAUCAGCUUCCCACAAGCGGAAACGUAUCAACUCUCCCCUGUCCAGGCCCAAGAAGGGGUCUUCAGGGAAGGCCCCUGGGGCCACUAAGUCUGUGUCCUAUAGGACUACUCCCAGUGGCUUGCAAAUCAUGCCCAUGAAGAAGGCUCAUAAUGGCUUGGAGAAUGGAGACGCUGGCUCUGAGAAGGAGGAGGUGCACUUUGGAAAUGGGUCCCAUCAGCUGGAUUUGGAUUUGAGUGACCAGGUUGGAGAACAGGAUGCCAGUGACUGUGAUGGGACCCACUCUGCGCUGGUGGAGAACGGAGUCGGCCCUGCUCUGACCAACGGAGGCCUGAACCUGCACAGCCCCGUGAAGAGGAAGCUGGAGACAGAGAAGGACUACGUCUUUGACAAGAGGCUCAGGUACAGCGUCCGCCAGAAUGAAAGCAACUGUCGGUUUCGUGACAUCGUGGUGCGGAAGGAAGAGGGCUUCACGCACAUUCUUCUGUCCAGCCAGACUUCAGAUAACAAUGCCCUGACCCCUGAGAUCAUGAAGGAGGUCCGGCGAGCACUGUGCAACGCAGCCACAGACGACAGCAAGCUACUGCUGCUCAGUGCAGUGGGCAGCGUGUUCUGCAGCGGCCUGGACUAUUCUUACCUGAUCGGCCGGCUGUCCAGUGACCGGAGGAAGGAGAGCACUCGUAUCGCAGAAGCCAUCAGAGACUUCGUGAAAGCCUUUAUCCAGUUUAAGAAGCCCAUCGUGGUAGCCAUCAAUGGGCCGGCAUUGGGCCUGGGAGCAUCCAUUCUACCCCUCUGUGACAUCGUAUGGGCCAGUGAGAAGGCCUGGUUUCAGACACCAUAUGCUACUAUCCGCCUCACACCUGCUGGCUGUUCCUCCUACACCUUCCCCCAGAUCCUGGGUGUGGCACUGGCCAAUGAAAUGCUGUUCUGCGGGCGAAAACUCACGGCCCAGGAGGCGUGCAGCCGGGGCCUUGUCUCACAGGUCUUCUGGCCCACGACCUUCAGCCAGGAGGUCAUGCUGCGGGUGAAGGAGAUGGCAUCCUGCAGUGCGGUGGUUUUGGAGGAGUCCAAAUGCUUGGUCCGGAGCUUCCUGAAGUCAGUGUUGGAAGACGUGAAUGAGAAGGAGUGUGUCAUGUUGAAGCAGCUCUGGAGCUCCUCCAAAGGCUUGGACUCCCUCUUCAGCUACCUGCAGGACAAAAUCUAUGAAGUCUGAAGGGCCCCAGCUUGUGAGCCUCGCUGCUCUAGGGUACCUGACUUCCAGCUGGGCCCUGUGUUUCUGCCAUCGGAGCCCAGGGUCCGCCCCUAGCCAAGAGUUUGUCAGGGUGUGUCUUCACACCUAGGGUUGUGUCCAUUCCUCGUGUCCUUUGGUUGUUCCUCAUUGGUUUGAUUUUGAUGUAAUGGUGGGAAACGCAGUACCCUUGGCCUCCCCGUGUCCCUAUCCUAGCCCGGCCAUAGAGCUUUCCAGGGUUACACGUUUUCAGGGCUCUGCCAGGCACUGCUUCCCUUUCCCCACUAGCUGAAACGCUCCACCGCCAUGGUCCAGAAGGGGAUGAUCAACCUCCCCCAUCCUCCUGACUCAGGCUGUGUCUACACAGUGCCUCCAACUUGGAGAUGAGGCCAUCAUGGGUCUCUGAUUAAAUGAUCUGGGACCAGGGGACAAUCAUCUUAGGGAAUUCGCAGACCAACAAGCACGUGACUCUGUUGGCCCAUAGGCCUGGCUUCAGGCUCCUCUCCAAUGCAGCUCGGUGUGAUUCUUAGGGCUUGGUCUCAAAACCCAACUGAGUGAUUUACAAACCCAGAUAUUGUACAUUUAGAAAUGUUUUGUUAAAUAUAUAUUUUUAAAACAAUGUAAGUGGAAAUUCUGAUAAUUUAUGUGUAUUAUAUGUAAAGCUAGUUUUGCAAAAAACAUGAAUUACUAGGAAAAUUUUUUCUUUAUUCGGAUUUAUUUUAUUUAUUUAUUUUUGUUUAUAUAUUAUGAAGUCUAUUGUUCACACAGAUCUUAUUUUCAUACUACCCUGGACCAAAUACGAUUCAAGGUUCACGCCGUUUGGUGCACGCUCACAACGAGCCAUGUGGGAAGUUCAGAGAUGAGAAUGGGAGGAUUUUUUGUGGAUUUAAAAUGAACAACGCUGUGUCAGGUCCUCUCCAAGUCACUCUCAUAACAUGAUGCCAGUUCUCUAGUCUUGUUUUUAUGAUAAGUCAUGGUGACAUUUUCUCUGUCACUCACUGUCAUUAAGGAGAACCUAGGACUCUUGUGAUCCCAAAUGGUCUCAGAGCAAGACCCAAUCCUUAGAUGAGUGGCAUUAAGGAAGGAUGGGGGUGCGGUCCUGUUUCAGGAUGAAAAAUUGCCUAGGGUGAGGUGUUCUUUUGCUCUGGGAUAGAUAAAUGAACUUGGAUUUCCAAGACCUUUCCUCUCAUGGAAGUUAAUGUCUUAGCUGGCCUUCUGGGAGUGUUGAGAAAGAAAACCCAGUCUCUGGAGUUUUUCAAGGGUCCAAACCAUUUUGCUUCCAGAAGUCGGAACAAUGAAUCUUCUUUUUUUUUCUAGCUGUGAGAAUACAAGGGAGCAGUAUCCAGCAUGGAGGUCUCCUUGCCUCAAUGGCUGUGGGCUACCGGAGGCCUCCAGUAGCUGUGUUCAUGUAAUCCAACUAAAGUCCCUGGAUCUGCAUGGUAGGGGAGUUUGGGUUUGAGUUGAUAAAGAAACAGAAAAUAGAAGGAAGAGAGGCUCCAUUGUGCCUGGAACCUCAAACCUCUGAGAUCAUGUGCCCAGAGAAAAUUAGACCAUCAGGGUGCCUGGAUAGUUCUAGAUGUGUUCCAGAUCUUGACCUCUGUUCUUUCUAUUCCUUUCCCUGUGAGUUUCCAGCCUUUCUUAGCCCUGCCUUGGAGAUAGUGGGGUACAGCACUGAGCUGG